AUGGCAGGUGCUGAGGGCGACGAAGGAGAGAAGAGCAGUGCGGGCGGGAAGGGCAAGAAGGGAAAUCACAGGACGCGCAAAGACAAUGCGGUGGGAGAAAAAAAGCACACGCCUGCAGAGAAGCACAAGGUCGACGGCACAGGUCAGUCCGAGGUCGUGGAGCGACGAGAAGAGAGAGAGGAGAGCAAAGACGCUCAGCAAAUCGACGGUUCCUUUUCCUCCCACAGUGCCAAUCAUGCAGGCACACAAACGCAUGCGCAGGGGCUUCCGAUCAGCUCAUCGCAAUCCCCAUCUACAGUCAAUCUCCCCGUUGUCUUCUCUUCUUCCUAUUCUUCUCCCUCCUCCACUUCCUCUUCCUCUUCCUCCUCCACUUCCUCCUCCACUUCCUCUUCCUCCUCGUCUUCCUUCUUCCCUUCUUCGCUGUCUCCCCUGGAACCGCUUCGGCGAACGCUGGGUAGUCUGCGGCCUUCGUGGGCUCGGAGCUCGACGGAACCUGCGGAGUUGCGCGUCGCGGCGGAGAAACCAGGAGGCUCAGGGAAGUUGACGAGUGGCGCAUUCCCGUCUGAUUUCCACGUCUUCUCCGCAGCAAAACCCGAGAGCGUGGGGGUGGAGAAGGCGGCUGAGGGGGAGGCUGGCCAGGAAAGGGACAUGCGGAACGGUGGGAAAGAAGAGAGAAACCUGAAGGACGAGAGACGACAGGGAGACGAAGACGAAUGGGAGAGGAGGAAGGACGGAAAGGGGAAACUGCGAAAGUAUUGGAAGCUGCGAAUCAGGGGGCGAGCGUCUACUGCGCCAGCCUUCGUCUCCGCAGACGCUUCCGCGGACGACCAGAGGAAGGACGAAACACGGCGAAAACGCCCCUCCGUGGACUGUCCGUCGCCGCGGCUACGCGCCCCGUCUUUCGCAUCGAAAACUGCUUCAAACACGGGCGACAUUCCAGCGAAUUCACCUGCCUCCGACGUAUCGGAGACUCCUCCAGCCCCCUCGAGGCAUGCAUCUUAUGCGAACGGCGAAGUCAUCAAAGAAGAACGGACGAUGCGGCGAUCUCCAGAGUCCUCCAAAGCCCCGUCGCUGGAUGUCUCGUCACGUCACUCCCGAGGCCCUGAGUCUCCCUGCAAUGAACAGUCCCCUUCAUCCUCUGAAUCCUCCUCCUCUUCCUCGUCUUCUUCCUCUUCUUCUUCCUCUUCUUCCUCUUCUCCCUCUUCCUUCUCUUCCUCUUCUUCCUGGUCUUCCUCUUCCUCCUCUUUUUCCUCUUCAUCUUCCUCCUCUUCAUCUUCCUCCUUUUCCUCCUCUUCAUCUUCCUCCUUUUCCUCAUCUUCAUCUUCCUCCUCUUCAUCUUCCUCGUCUUCCUCGUCUUCAUCUUCCUCGUCUUCCUCGUCUUCAUCUUCCUCGUCUUCGUCGUCGUGUGCCUCUGGGGCUUAUGGGUCUGACAGAGUGCGAGAGGGGGCGCCCUUCCCCUCCGCGUCCAGCGGCUGCAUCUGCGCGUUUUCGGGUUUUCCGCUUCAGCUGGAGACGCGUCGUCCUUUCCACGAGGGAAGUCUUCUGCUGCGCGCGCUCCUGGCUCCUUUCGUCCAUCUUCCGAGCUUGCCGGUGGAGUCUUCGCCAGUUGCGACCGAGUCUCUCUCUUUCUCUUUCGGCAGCUCGCGCCGCCUGAAACCGCUAGUCUCGACAGCCUCGCUGCUGCGCGCCGCCUCGCGCCCAGCGUCACAAGACGCGGCCAGCCCUUCGGAGACACACAAGGCUCUCGAGGCCGCUGCAGCCGAGCAGGAAGGAGACGGCAAGGCCCCAGAGGAAGAUGGAGACGAAACGCGGCGGAGCGGCGAGUCGGGAAAAAACCCUCAGAACGGCAAGCACGCGGAAGAGCACGAGAGAGAUAAAGAGGGAGAUCAAGCGGGAAGAACGAAGCCGUCCCAGACACUCGAGCGCAGCAUCGAAUUUUUCAAGAGUGGCGGAGGGAUCGCCUCGGGGAAUUCAAAGGAAGGCGCGAGACAGUCAGCGGGACGUUCAUCGCAGGAUUCUCCCGAGAAGGAGAAUUCCCAGACUGAAGCCAACUCUGCGGAAGCUGUGAAAACGCCGCCGCUCGCCCUGUUGCUCCCUCGUGUGGUCACCCAGUGGGGGAUCGUCCGAACAGGCGGUCGAGGUCCGUCGCCUCGAUGUGGCGGAGCAGCCGGGGGGUGGGGCGAGUCUUUCUUCUUCUUUGGCGGUCUGGAAUCUGAAGGCCUCUGUUCGCCUCAGGUCUUCAAAUUCACCUUCCUCUCGUUCCGCGCACAACGCCACGUUUUGCUCCUUUCCUCAGCCGUCGGCGACGUGCUCGACAUCUUAGACGAAGGCUUCCGGGAUCUCCUCUGUGCCGCGGAGACGCUCGGCGGCGAGGCCAGGAAACCUUCCAAGGAAAGCGAAAAAGGAGACACUGGAGAAAGUGGAGGAGACACUGGAGACAGUGGAGGAGACACUGGAGACAAAAAAGGAGACGGUGGUGGAGACACUGGAGACAAGAAAGGAGACAGUGGAGGAGACACUGGAGACAAAAAAGGAGACGGUGGUGGAGACACUGGAGACAAGAAAGGAGACAAUGGAGGAGACACUGGAGACAGAGGACAGGAAGGGACAGGAGCCGAGCCGGCUGGCGGCAAGGAUCGAGACAAGGCGGAAUGGGACGGAGAGGAGAGGGACAUCGCGGACGAAGACGCACAGGGGCACGCAUGUGCAGGGAAGGGACGAUGCGACGACGGACGCCAGCAGACGGCAGAAGAGACAAAAGCAAAGGAGGAGGCGGUGAACAAAGGCGAGGACGAGAACCAGGAGUCUGUUCAAAACGAAGACACGACUUGGAGUUACAGCAGGAUCAUCGCUGAGACAGAGAAUCUGCGAGACACGUGGAGGAAAAGCCAACACUUUCGCAUGGAGUUGGGCAACCCGUAUCUGCAUCCGCCAGCGACUGCGGCCAUCUCUUCGGAGGCGGAGUUCGUCUCGCUGUGCUUCCUUCGCCAAGAAGAGCUGCUCAGCUCGGCCUGUCUCCUGCGCGUCCUUGCCGACCUAGAAGAGCUCCAGCGUCGCUUCUGCGUCGCCUCUGGCGGCUCCACGCCCACGGACGUCACCCUGCAGAAGGCGAAGCUCUGUCGCGGAGACGCCGAGGCCGAGGCGAGCGGCGCUUCUCGCUUUUCGGCGCCGGACACUGAGGAAGGCGGCGGGCGUGCGAGCGGUGGAGACAAUGGGUCACUCAGCAGCGGGAGCGGAGUGGCGAACGUGCGCAAGACAUGCUCGGCGCGGCGCCUCGAGAGCGCCACAGCUGAAGCUGGAGCCGCCGACGGGGCCGAGACGGACGGUGACGCAGGGUGUGAGAGUUUCCCUGACGAAUUCACCAAGAUCAACGAUGCGCAUGCGGAUUUGCAAACGGGCGACACGGCAGCGACGGAAAAUGGCCAGAACGGGCAUCCCACCCGGCAGAGAAGAAGCAUUCGGUUCGGUGAACAAGUCCGCGUGCGAAAAUAUGGCAAAGUGGACGAGAAGCGCAAACCGCCCCAGCGGCCUCCUGUCCCUCCUCUCGCUGCAGACCAACCGCCCCUGGGCCAGUGCUUCAUGGGUCUCCCUGCUCGCAGAGUCGGCUUCUGGCAAGUGUCUCCGUCCCCUGGGCCUCCCCCGCGCUUCUGCGGCUCGUCUUGCUCCUUCCUCUCCUCUCUGUUCCUCUUUGGAGGCGUCUCCUUCGAGUCUGCUUCGCCGCGCGCUCGACAUGCCUCAGAUGCAUGCGCCGCGACGGCCCAGCCUCCGGGCGAGGCCGCGAGCGCCGGGUUCUCGCCUGCCGCCUCGCCUGCCGUGGGCCAUUCUCUUUCGUGCGCGUCUGCGUCCGUCGCGGAGAACCCACCGCAGAAAACGGGCGAAAGCGGCGAACGGGCGAUGAACGCGGGGAGUCCCGACCGCGAGCGGCCUUCACGCUCUCCGUCCUCGCCGUCUUUCGCAGGUGACGCGUCUCGUUUGGAGUCGCCGGCGCUCGCGCUCGAGCCCAGAAGGGCUUUUUCUCUGCCUGCGCAUGCGCCGGCUUCCGGGGGCGAAGUGGACGGGGUGCGGCGCGACGCGGAGGGCAAACUCGCAGACGGCAUGAGCGAAAACGCGAUUGACGAACAGGUUUGUACUCUGAACUAUCUGAACGAUUUGUGGAUUUUCGACAUGCAAGAGGAGGUGUGGAAACCGGCUCAGGACACGCGCUUCCCUUCGUUCUCCUCUGAUCUCGCUUCUUCGUUUUCUGCGUCCUCGUCGUUUUCUUUCGCUUCGUCUUCUGGUCUUGGAAGCGAAAACGGAAGUCGCCUGGAGACGCUUUCCGAGGCAGGCUGCUCCGAAACCGCGGCCCAGGUCGAGUCAACCUCUUCGGAUCCUCUCCCCGCCUCUCCUCCGGCAUCCAGUUCCAUCGGCAGCUCUCCAUCGCUGCGUUUGUCAGCCUCGCAAGACUGGUCUCAUGCCCCGGCACUGAGGCAAACGUCGUCGUCUCUCUCCCGCGUCUCGUCCUCGCCGAUGCAUGCGCCCUCGGUCGCCGGGGCUGCGGAGACACUGCCGGGCCCUCAGCGAGGAGACACCUGUGGGGUCGGCAGCGAGGAAGUCCGCCCGCAAAAAGCGCGCCCUGCAAAGAGAAGGGACAGUGUGCUCUGUCCUGUCAGUCUGCCGUUGACAGACUCAAGCGGCCGGACUCAAAUAGGUCUUCUUCUCUACGGCGGCAUCGGCGAGAAGAACCAAGUGUUGAAUGACACAUGGCUCUUCGACCUCGCGACUCGCCGCUGGAGCCAGGUGAGUCCACUCUGGAUGACUCCGCCGCAGUUCUGGUUCGUUUCUUCAGCCUCCCUCGCGCCGCCCGGCCACGCCGGUCACACUGCAUGCGUCCCUGGCCUCUCAGAGGCAGCCUCGCAAGAAGUCCUCCGCACAGCCGCCUCCUCGUCUUCUCUCCCUUCUGUCUCUUCUUCUUUCUCUUCUCUCUCUCCUUCCUCUUCUUCUUUCUCUUUUCUCUCUCCUUCUCUCUCUUCUCCCCCUGCGUCCUCGUCGAUCUCUUCCGCUCUCGCGCCUGCGGAAUUGGUCGGGGGCGGCGCGCAGCAACCGUCGAGGCCGCGUGGCAAGGAAGGAGAGGAAGGUCAGGAAGCGGGCGAGGAGGGAGUGAGAGAAGCGAAAAGGGAGGGCGACGGGAGAGGCAGAAAGAUAAGAUGUCCCCCGUGGAGUCUGCAUCUCUCAGAUCCCGCGGCGGCGGCCAUGGCUGCUCAGAAGGCUGCGGAGAUCACUGCAGCCACCCUCCAUCCCGGCAGGAGACGAGAGCCACUCCCGUCUUCUCUCUCUCCUUCUCUCGCUCCUUCUCUCUCUCCGUCUCUCUGUCCCUCUUCUCCUUCUCUCUUUCCUUCUUCUCCCUCCUCUCCUUCUCUCUCGCCUUCCCGGUCCGCUUCACACGACAGGAACGCUGCGGAAGGAGAGGCCAACGCCAGCGGACAGUGGGCGGCUGAGACGAGGCCGAGUCUGCGAGACGAAACGGCGCAUCCUUCCCCCGGGAGUGAGGAACAGACAUCCGCGCCUUCGCGGCAGUCGUGGUCCUCUUCUUUAUCCUCGUUUAGAAACAGACCAGAGAAGAGCGGGUCGUUCGAAGAGGCGGUGAGAGCAGCAGAGAGCAUGGUUGGGCGCGUCGUCUUGAUUUUCGGGGGGUUGAUUGCGUCACCUUCUUCCUCUCCGAAAGGCGCCUCUGACCCCCCCGGCGUAGAUGCUUCUCUGCGCAACCCUCCGCGGUCCCCCGCUUCCGUCUCCAGUGAGCGCUGGUGGAGUUUGUCUUCCCUUGGUCCCGUGCGACACAAGGUAUUUCGCAAAGGCGACGCCAGCGCUUCGGCCGCCGCCCUGAACGAGGCCCAGAGCGACUUGGCUUCGGCUGUGAAUGCGUCCGCAGUCGCCCAACGGCCCGAGCAAGGCGCAUCGACUGGCCUCUCGCAGCCUCCCUGUCUAGGAAGUGGUUCGUUGCCUGCCUCGCUGCUCACCGCCGGGGAGACACAGCGGCCGGGAGCUGUCUCCUCCGCGGCCUCGCCGAGCGUUUGGGAGAGACUCCACGUGGAUAUGCGGACCGCGCCACGAGCUGAGGUGACAGACGCGCUGUUUGAGUACUACGUCGACAGCAACGUUUGGGUGCAGUGUGAGGCGACUGGAGAGAAGCCUUCGCCGCGGAUGUGGCACUCGGCGACGCUUCUCGGCCCGUACAUGUUCGUCUACGGAGGGCGAGGCGCCGACGGCGAACUGUGCUCCCUGACGACUCUGUACCGCCUGCACAUCGCGUCGAAAUCUUGGACGGCGCUGUCGACGGGGGGAGUGCGUCUGCCGCGAAUCGAGCUCGCCGCAGGACUCACUUUGAACAAUUGUCUGUACGUCUUUGGCGGUCACGACAGCCAAGAGCGCGUCUCGAACGGCCUGGUGGCUGCGCAGCUGGGUUUGCAGGUGAACGCGCGCCACAAGCCGGGGAAGAAAAAGGGAAAGAAGAAGCAGGGCGAAGAGAGAGGACGGUCGAGUGGAGGCGUCUUCUCCGUUUUCUUCUCAAGAGGAGGCUGA